GCCCCCUCCUCUUCCGGCAGCGCAGGCGAUGGCGGCGGCGGGGCUGGGACCCGGCGAGGCCGCCGCGGCCGCUCAGGCGCUGUCGCUGCCGGCAGAGGCCUUCGGCAACGACCCCCGUGUGGAGCUGGCCUGGGCCAUGAAGGCACAUCAGCACGCCCAGGUCUACUUCAAUCUCAUCUCCUCCGUCGACCCCAAGUUCCUGAACCUGACCAAAGUUGAUGACCAGAUCUACGAGGAGUUCAGGAGAACCUUCAGGGACCUGAAAAUCGACCUGCUGGACCCAGAGGAGCUGAAAUCCGAGCCUGCCAAGGAGAAGUGGCGCCCGUUCUGCUUGGGCUUCCAAGGGGUGGUGGAGGAUUUCAACUACGGCACCUUGCUGCGCCUGGACUGCCAGCAGGGCUACACUGAGGAGAACACCAUCUUUGCCACCAGAAUCCAGUUUUUUGCCAUCGAAAUCGCCCGGAACAGAGAGGGGUGGAAUAGUGGGGUGUACAGCAGGGCCAGGCAGCUGGUGGCAGAGGAGGUGUCAUCAGGGUGAGGAUGGGAUUGGAUUCCCUCAGUGCCAAGCCCAGGAGAAGUCUUUUUUGGGGUGGUUCAAGCAGGGUUGUCCCCUCCUCCCUGCCCCUCCAAGUUCAGCCUGUAAAUAAAUGUUUUUUAAAACCCAACAAA